AUUGACAUACGUGCUUUUCGCGCCUUCAGAAUCCAACUCCAACAAUUUCACUCUGUUUUACGUUUUACUCGGUACGGUUAAAGCCAGUUUUUCUUACGACUCUUUCAAACAGUAAAUCCAAGAUUGCCUUAAUUAUACGGUAUCGUGUUACGGGAUAAGAAACAGUCACAAUUAUUGGGUUGCGAUGUUACUGGAGGCAAUAAAAUAUGACAAGGAGGAGCGCAAGUUGGAAAUUUUGGAUCAAACGCAAUUGCCAUGGGCCACUCAUUAUAUUGAGGUCAAAAAUGUCGAGGAUGGUUGGAAUGUUAUCAAGAAGAUGCAGGUACGAGGUGCACCAGCCAUAGCUAUUGUAGGUUGUCUCAGUUUGGUAGUGGAGAUUGUUCACCAUUGGGGGGGAUACAAAGAAAAGGAAACUUUUUUUCAAUAUAUCGAAAUUAAAUUGUAUUAUCUUGUAACAGCGCGUCCCACUGCUGUAAAUAUGCAAAUAGCAGCUGAAAAGUUGACAAAGUUAGCAAAACACAUGUGCGAUAACGAAACAUACGAUCUACUUUACAUGAAAUGCAGAAUGAUACACGAAAUAGAGGAGAUGUUGAACAAUGAUGUGGAAGCCAACAAAACAAUUGGAGCUUUUGGUGCGACGGAGAUUAAACGUUUCACUGGCGUAUCUAAAAAAGGUACUAUCAGGAUUCUCACACACUGUAAUACCGGAUGUCUUGCUACCGCAGGAUACGGCACGGCUUUAGGCGUUAUCAGAUCUCUUCACGUAUCGCGAGAACUCGAGCACGUUUAUUGCACUGAGACUAGGCCAUACAACCAAGGUGCUCGUCUAACAGCUUACGAAUUGGUGCAUGACAAGAUACCGGCAACUUUGAUUUGCGACGACAUGGUCGCCGCGGUAUUGAAAACGAAAAAGAUCACAGCGGUUGUUGUGGGUGCGGAUAGGAUCACCGCCAAUGGCGACACUGGCAACAAAAUUGGGACUUAUCAGAUUGCGAUACUUGCCAAAUAUCACAAUGUUCCUUUCUACGUGGCUGCACCAACAACAUCCAUAGAUAUGGAUAUUCCUAAUGGUCAUGAUAUAAUCAUUGAGGAGCGACCCGAAAAAGAAAUAACUCAUAUGAAUGAGGAGAGAAUCGCAGCAGAAGGAAUAAAAUGUUGGAAUCCAGCAUUUGAUGUGACACCAGCGAGUUUAAUUACCGCAAUAAUUACGGAAGUUGGUAUUUUUAAACCGCAUGAACUAGAAGUAGUGAAAAAGAUACGAGCGGAUGCACAAGUAGAAUAAAAAAUUUAUUAUUUAAUAGAAAAUAUAUGCAUUUACAAAUGCAUUUAUGCGUAUAUGCCAAUCAUAAAUAUCAAGAUGCAAGACUGUUUAAUUUAAUUCCGUAAGUAUUGUGCCAUUGUAGAAAAAAAUAUUGUAUGAUAUAAGAACUCAGGGAAAUUAAUUAUUAACUGUAUUCAAAUGGUUAGAUUAAAAUAAUCCGAGAGUGGUUAUAAAAUUGAAAAAUUAUUGUAAUAUUUUAUAAAUAUUUCAGUAUUUGUUGAAAUUGCAUAAUUUUAUACAAUGUUUUGGUUGAAUUUCUAAGGUUAAUUAUUAUAUAUAAUAUUAAUACUACGAUAUAUUGUUAUGCCAUACAGUGCGCUAAGAGAUUUAUAUUGAAUAAAAAGAAAAG